AUGACUUGGGUGAAUCAAUCAUUAUCAACAGAGUUUGUAUUCCUAGCUUAUCCUACACACCCAGAGCUCCAGGUCUUGGUUUUCUUGGGGAUCAGUCUGGUCUACACCAUGAUCCUCACAGGAAACAUCCUUAUUGUAGCUGCCAUUCAGACAGAAGCCCGCCUCCACACACCUAUGUACUAUCUACUAGGAAACCUCUCUAUUGUGGAGAUCUGGUACACUGCAACAGUGGUACCCCACAUCCUGGUGAACACCAUGAAGAAGGAUAAGACCAUCACAUUUCUGGGUUGUGCCACCCAGAUGCUAUUCUUCAUUGGGCUUGGUAGUACUGACUGCUUCCUAUUGGCUGUUAUGGCUUAUGACCGCUAUGUGGCAAUCCGCUAUCCCCUACAGUAUCCCCUGAUCAUGACUCAAAAGUUCUGUGUCAACCUGGUGGUGGCCUCCAUGGCCAUAGGCUUCAUCCUAUCCCUGCAGCUGGUGGUCUUCAUCUUCCACUUGCCUUUUUGCCAUUCCAGAGGCAUUGAGCACUUCUUUUGUGAUGUGCCCCCUGUGAUGCACCUGACCUGCACCCAUAGCCGCCUUCAUGAGCUUUCAGUGCUUGUGGCAGGCACACUGGCCAUUGCCUUCCCCUUCCUCCUCAUUUCUAUAUCCUAUGCCCUCAUUACUAUUACCAUAGUGGGUAUCCACUCAACAUCAGGCCGCCGGCGUGCCUUCUCUACCUGCUCCUCCCACCUCAUGGUGGUCUUGCUACAGUAUGGCUGUUGUAUGUUCAUGUACCUUCGGCCAAACUCCAGCUAUUCGCCAAAGCAGGACCAGUUGCUUUCACUGGUAUACACACUAGGUACUCCUCUUCUCAACCCCCUGAUCUACACCCUAAGGAACAGUGAGGUAAAGGAGGCCCUGAGAAGAGUACUCACAAGAAACGUGUUCUCCAAGAAAAGCUGCCCUUAG